AUGCUCCUCCACAACAUGUCGUCGCUCGUCGCGGCGGUCCGCGAGACCAUCGUCAUCGGCGGCGAGAACGCGAACCGCGGCUCCUUCGUCGCGUCGAUCCUCGCCGCGGCCGGCGGCGAGGUGCCCGACGCGUGGCUCGAGCAGACGGCGCGCGGCGCCGAGGUGCGCGCGCUCGCGGCGCGCGCCGUCGACGGCGGCGCCGCGGCGCCGGCGGCGCCGCCGCCGCGCGAGGCGCUCGUCCCGGACCUCGCGAACGCGCCGGGCUGCGUCGGCCACGCGAACCGCUCGUCCUGGAACGGCACGGCGCCCGCGUCGCACCCCGACGACGUGGCGGCCCUCCGGGCGCUCUACCUGGCGACGGGCGGCGGCGGCUGGACGCGCAACGCGUGCUGGCUCAACGAGUCGAUCCCGGUGUGCUGGUGGGACCAGGUCGCCUGCGAGGGCGGCCGCGUGCAGCAGCUGCGGCUCGCGUCGAACAACCUCGUCGGCGCGCUGGACGAGGCGUCCCUCGCGGGCCUCGCGGGCCUCGAGGUGCUCCAGCUGGGCUUCAACCCGCGCCUCGGCGGGCCGCUCCCGAAGUCCGCCGCGGCGCUCCCGAGGCUGAAGCACGUCUACGCCUGGAACGCCUCGCUCACGGGCGUCGGGGGGCUCCCGCCGUCCCUCACGCAGCUCGACCUCGCGGACAACGCGCUGGCGGCGCCGCUGCCCGACGCGGCCGCGGCGAUCGCGAACGCGACGUUCGUCGACGUCGCGGGGAACGACGUCGCCUGCUCGCCGGCCGUCGCCGCCUGGGGCCUCGUCCUCGACGGCAACGCCGCGGACUGGUACGGCGGCGGCCUCGCGUCGUCCGUCGGCGGCGACGUCGUCCUGCGCCGCGCCGUCGUGUCCGGCAACGUCCUCUACGACGCGGAGCCCCUCGGCGACCUCAUGAUGGGCGGCGCGGGCGUCGCCGCGGCCGUCGGGCCCCUCGUCAUCGAGGACAGCCUCUUCGUCGGCAACUCGGCCGGCGACGGCGGCGGCGGCGGCGUCGCCGCGCGCCAGGGCGGCCUCAUCUGCGCGAACUGCACCUUCGCGGGCAACGACGCCGCGGACGGCGGCGCGGCGCUCCUCGAGGGCGCGACGACGCACGUCUUCGAGGGCGCGGCCUUUCUCGGCAACGUCGCGCGGGCCGACGGCGGCGCGCUCGCGCUCGGCGCGGGCGGGCCCGAGGUCCACGUCCGCGGGCGCGCGGCCUUCGAGCGCAACGUCGCGGGCGGCGACGGCGGCGCGGUCCACGUCGGCGAGGACGCGCGGCUCGUCGCCGCGCCGGGCUGCGUGCCCGCGACGGCGGCCAUCACCGUCGCCUCCGGCGACGCGGAGUACCUCUCCGCGGCGCUCGUGCGCCUCGGCGGCGCCGGCGCGCGGCGCCUCGACGACGCCGACUACGCCUACGCGUACGACGCCUACGCCUACGAGGCCCCCUACGACAUCCCGGGCAACAAGACGCUCGAGGACUUCGUCGACUUCUUCGGCGCGUCGACGUACCUCUUCUCCGCGGGCACGGCGUCGCAGAGCCGGCGCGUCUGCCUCGAGCCCGGAUCCUACGCGGCCGUGCUCCAGAGCGACGGCGGCUACGGCUGGGCCGGCGAAGUCUUCUCCGUCGUCGCGGGCCGCGACGCCGUCGUCGAGGCGACGGUGCCCUACCUCGGCGUCGGCGCCACGGCGACCUUCGACGUCGCCUUUUUCGGCGACCAGGCCGGCGCGGCGCUGGCCUUCGUGGGCAACGGCGCGGGCGGCGCGGGCGGCGCCGUCGCCGUCGAGGGCGGCGCGGCGGAGCUCGGCGACGCGCGCCUCGAGCGCAACGGCGCCGCGCGCGGCGGCGCCGUCGCCGCGCGCGACGCCGACGGCCUCGUCGCGCUGCGGCGGGCCGACGUCGCGUCGAACGCCGCGGCGGCCGACGGCGGCGGCGUCCAGGUCGAGGCCUAUGGCAGCGUCUUCGCCGAGGACUGCGUCUUCGCCAACAACACGGCGCGCGGCGCCGGCGGCGGCCUCGCGGUGCGGGCCGCCGCGGGCGGCGCCGUCGUCGGCGGCGCCUUAGUCGGCAACGCCGCGGCGGCGGGCGGCGGCGUCGGCGCCGUCUACAGCGACGCGCUGCCGCUGAAGCUGACCGGCGUGCGCUUCGAGGCGAACGCGGCGGCGGCGGGCGGCGGCCUCGACGCCGUCGCGUCCGACGUCCGCGUCGACGCGUGCGCCUUCGUGGGCAACGCCGCCGCGGGCGACGGCGGCGCGCUCCGCGUCGACGCGUCGUCCACGGUCGUCAUCGACGGCGGCAACGCCACCGCGCCGGACGUCUUCGACACGUCGGGCGACACGCACGUCGCGGACCCGACGAUCUUCGACGACGGCAUCUGGGGGCCCGCGCUCCGCGGCUGCGCGGCGCCGUUCGCGCUCCUCACCGUGGUCGUCGACACGGCGACGGCGACGAGCGGCACCUGCCCGAGCCACUGGGACUACGGGGGCCCGUCCUGCGACAUCGUCAACGUCGACUGCGACGUCUUGGAAACCGACUACGGCUUCGACUGCGGCGGCUGCGGCUGCAACCAGUUCCGCUUCGAGGCGAACCGGUUCUUCGAAAUCGCGUCGUCCGGCGGGUUCCACGUCGUCGGCCCGGAGACGUGGAUCUCCGGGCAAUUAGUGUACAUCCAGCAGCUCUGCGUGCCGCCCGGCGACUACGUCCUCUCCGCGUACGACCUCCACCUCAAACGGGGCCUCGACGGCGCGAUCAUCUCCGUCCGCGCGGGCGGCGUCGAGACCGCGCUCGACGGCGCGGACUUUGUCAACGGCACCGUCGCGUCGAAGCCUUUCGUCGUGCCCGCGCGCGCCGCGACGUCGCUGGCCGACAACACCGCGGGCGCCGCGGGCGGCGGCCUCUACCACGAGACCGCCGCGGCGCCGCCGGGCUUCGGCGCGACGCGCCGGUCGGGCAACGGCGCGGGCGGCUACGGCGACGACGCGGCGACGCCGCCGCGGAGCAUGGUCCGCGCGGCCAACGGCUCCUGCGACGUCGCCGCCGUCGCCGUCGCCGUGGACGUCGACGCCUGGUCCGGCGCGCAGCUCAAGAACAGCGACGCGCCCUUCGUCGGCGGCGUCGCCGCGCUCGCGACGCUGACGAUCACCGACGCGCCGGGGUCGCCCGUGAACGUCACCGCGACGGCGUCGUCGCCGCUCGCUCGCUCGGCGUCGGCGGCGGCGUCGGCGUCGCUCGCGCCCGUCGGCGUCGCGCUGCGCGUGCGGAGCUGCCUCCCGGGCGAGGCCAUCGUCGAGGGCCGCGUCUGCGUCCCCUGCCCGCCGGGCACCUACAACACGGCGCCCGGGGGCGCGUGCGUGACGACGGCCUGCGACGAGGACGGCUUCGAGUGCGACGCGCCGGGCCGGAGCAUCGAGACGCUGCCCCUCGAGAAGGGCUACAUGCGCCAGCGCGACGACAGCGAGAAGCCCAUCGCGUGCGUCGGCCUCGCGCGCAACGAGCUCAACUGCCCCGGCGGCGUCGCGGCCGGCUGCGCGGCCGAGGGCCACGGCGAGGGCGCGACGUGCUCCGUCUGCGCGGGUCGCUACUUCUUCGACGUCGAGCGGGCGACCUGCGAGAAGUGCGACAACACGCUCUCGGACGCGGCGCCGGCGACGGUCGCGUCGAUCGUCCUCAUCCUCGUCGGGUUCGCCCUGCUGCUCUACCUCCUCGUGUUCAUGGCCUCGUCCACGAAGGACGUGAAGAAGACGGGCAAGCUCGGGCGCCUCCGCAACAAGCUCAAGGCCAAGUGGAAGAUCGUCUUCGUCGGCUUCAACAUCAUGGCGUCGAUGCCCGCGAUGCUCCCCGAGGUGACGUACCCGCGCAUGUACGGCGACGUGUUGAAGUCCAUCGACUUCCUCAAGCUCGACAUCGGCGCGUCCCUGCCGCUGACGUGCCUCCCGACGAGCGGCGGCGGCCACUACGAGACCCUGCUGUUCAUGACCCUCGCGCCGUUGGUCGUCAUCGCCCUCGUGCUGGCGCUGAGCCUCGUCCGCGCGAGGUGCGCGGGCGCCGCGCCGCCGAAUUUGGCGACGUCGCUCGUCUCCGUGACGGUGCUCGUGACCUACCUCGUGCUGCCGGCGGUGACGACGACGAUCUUCCGCACGCUCGACUGCGUCGAGCUCGACGACCCGAAGACGGCGGGCACCGCGAAGUUUUUGCGCGCGCACUACCCGACGCGGUGCGACGCGUCCGGCCCCUACGGCUUCUACUUCUUCUACGCCGUCGCCUGCGUCUUCGUCUGGCCCAUCGGCGUGCCCCUCCUCUACUUCCUCGAGCUCUACCGGCGCCGCGACGCGCUGAACCCGGACGUCGGCGGCGACGACAAGGAGGCCAAGGCCCGGGCCAUCGCCGCGCGCGAGGCGGACCUGAGCGUCGUCCACCUCCAGCUGCUCUACGGGCCCUACGAGCCGGCCUACUACCUCUGGGAGGUCUUCGAGAUGGGCCGGCGGCUCUGCGCGACGAGCCUGCUGCUCGCCUUCGACGGGCCCAUCUCGAAGCUCUACUUCUCCAUCUUCCUCGGCCUGCUCACGGUGAAGAUGUACGCCUACUUCUCGCCCUUCAUCUCCGACAGCGACGACACGCUCGCGGAGACCAUCAACUACGUCGUCGUCUUCAUGUUCCUCGGGGCGCUGUCCGCGUUCCUGCAGGCGUUCGACUCGCAGCUCGACUACUUCUUCAUCGCCAUCAACCUCAUGUGCGUGGUCAUCAUCCUCGCGCUCUGCUACAGCGACAUCAACCGCGAGAAGGCGGCGCUCAAGUUCGCGCUCGGGGAGGCGCGCGAGCUCCACAGGAGCCUCUCGAGGCGCUCUUGCAAGCGCCGUCGGGCCAUGCGCGCCGCCGCGCUGCUGUGGUGGUGCUGCGUCCCGGCGACGGGCCUCGUCGCCGGGCGGCGGCCGCCGCCGCGGCGCGCCGUGCGCCGCGCGGCGGCGGCGGAGCGCCUGACCUUCACGUUCGCGGACGUGAACCCGCGCGCGCCGACGGGCCUCGGCGUCGCCGGCGCCCCCAACGCCACGACCCCCUGGCGCGCGGAGCUCUACCCGACGGGCUUCUCGCGCGCCGCCGGCGAGCGCGACCGGUGCUCGCUCUUCCUGCGGCGCGGCGACGGCCGGGCCGUGGACGCGACCUUCACGGCGCGCCUCGUGGGCGACGGCGUCGCCGUCGAGUCCGAGGGCGGCGGCGGCCGCUUCGCGAGCGCGCGCGCGGCCCCCGGCGGCGGCGAGCGGCGCGAGUUCGGGCUGCCGCUCGUCGUUCCGGCGCUCCUCGCGAAAUUCCUCGACGCCGAGGGCGCCGCGACCUGCGAGGUCGACAUCACCGUCUUCGAGCGGGACCGCGGGGCGGCGCCGCCGCGGGGCGCGUGGCGCCGCGGCGACGCGCGCGCCGCGGGCCUCGCCGUCGGCGACCGCUUCGUGCCGGUCUGGACGAACCUGGACGAGCGGCGGCGGCUCGGCGAGCUCGGCUGCUACGGCGGCGUCGACUUCGUCGUCGCGGGCGUCACGCUCGACGGCGCGGCCCGCUUCGACGUCGCGCCGGGCGCCGAGCUGCGCUCCGAGCUCGCGGUCCGGCCGCUCUACCCGCUCGUACCGCGCCUCGAGCGGCCCUGGCCCGCGACGCUGCCCGAGGCCGCCGUGCCCCUCGCCCUGGCGCCGGCGUCCUACACGGCGCUCACCGCGGCGUCGGCCGUCGGCGGCGCGCUCGCGAUCCUCGGCUCCGCGGCGCUCGCGGCGGCGGUCUUCGUGUCGCUCAGCGUCGUGCCGACGCGGUCCAUGGAGCCCGGCAUCGCGCCGGGGGACGUCCUCCUCGUGGAGAAGACGUCGGCGCUCCUGCGCCGGCCGCCGAAGGCCGGCGAGGUCGUGCUCUUCGCGCCGCCGCCGCCGCUGCGCGCGAUCGCGAAGAUCGCCGACGACCGCGCGCUCUACGUGAAGCGCGUCGCGGCCGUCGCCGGCGACGUCGUCGCCGUCGACGCCGACGGCGGCGUCGCCGUCAAUGGCGCGAGGCUGCCGCCGCGGCCCGACGCGUGCGACGAGCCCGACGCGCGCGCGGCGCUCCGGGACGUCCUCGCCCGGGCGCGGCGUGAGGGCCUCGCGCCCGAGGCGGAGUUCGCGCUCCGAAAGGGCGAGAUCUUCGUCCUCGGCGACUGCGCGGACGUCUCCGUCGACUCGCGCGUCUGGGGCCCGCUCGACGCCGCCGCCGUCCGCGCGCGGCCCGUCGCCACCGUGUACCGGCGCGGGCGCUAG